UGGUUAAUUACUCUUGGGGUUGAAAAUUGGUGCCUUAUUUCUCAUCUGAGUUUGUCUAUUUUUCAACUUCAAGUGUUCCAUUUUCAGCUUCUUGUCUUUACUGGCAUUAGUGCAAAGUGGCCUGACAAUGAGUUGUCAGAAAUGAAGAUGGAAUUUGGGUUUUUACGUAUACAACAAAACUACAACUUUAUGACCAUUAUUUUCCUUGAUAAAAAAGGGAUGCUGUAAUUCAGGAAUUGAGUGCAUUGACAUAGAUUUGUGGACUUGGCAGCAAGAGCUAGCUUGAACUGGUAUCUUGCAUGAAUGGUUAGCAUAUAUCCUAUGCAUGUGAGGGUUUUUUUGACCGACCCUACCUCAUUUUUAUUUUAGGAAACCUCAGCCAUGCAGAGCUGAUGAUGAUGACAAUAGCUGAUGUCAUUAAGCAGCUGAUUGAGGCUCAUGAGCAGGGAAAAGAUGUGAAUCUAAAUAAAGUGAAAACCAAGACAUCUGCUAAAUAUGGACUUUCUGCCCAGCCUCGUUUGGUUGAUAUCAUUGCUGCUGUACCACCUCAGUAUCGCAAGGUGCUGGUACCCAAGCUGAAAGCAAAGCCUAUACGUACUGCUAGUGGGAUUGCUGUUGUGGCUGUGAUGUGCAAACCUCACAGGUGUCCACACAUUAACUUUACAGGAAACAUAUGUGUAUACUGCCCUGGUGGACCUGAUUCUGAUUUUGAAUACUCAACACAGUCUUACACUGGCUAUGAGCCAACGUCUAUGAGGGCCAUUCGUGCCAGAUACGAUCCUUAUCUCCAGACAAGACAUCGAGUUGAACAGCUGAAGCAGCUGGGCCACAGUGUGGAUAAGGUGGAAUUCAUCGUGAUGGGAGGAACAUUUAUGGCCCUUCCUGAAGACUACAGAGAUUACUUCAUCCGAAACCUUCAUGAUGCUUUAUCUGGACACACGUCCAACAACGUAUCGGAAGCUGUCAAGUACUCAGAAAGAAGCCUCACGAAGUGCGUUGGGAUCACCAUAGAGACCAGGCCGGAUUACUGCCUGAAGCGGCACCUGAGCGACAUGCUGUCAUACGGCUGCACAAGGCUGGAAAUUGGAGUGCAAAGUGUCUAUGAGGAUGUGGCCAGAGAUACCAACAGGGGACACACAGUGAAGGCCGUGUGUGAGUCAUUUCACUUAGCCAAGGAUGCAGGAUUUAAAGUUGUGGCGCACAUGAUGCCUGAUUUGCCGAACAUGGGGCUUGAAAGAGAUAUUGACCAGUUUGUUGAGUUUUUUGAGAACCCUGCUUUUCGCCCUGAUGGCAUGAAACUCUACCCAACUCUAGUGAUCCGUGGCACUGGCCUGUACGAGCUCUGGAAGUCUGGAAGAUACAAGAGUUACUCUCCAAGCACCUUAGUGGAUUUGGUGGCUAGAAUUCUGGCUCUCGUGCCGCCAUGGACGCGAGUAUACCGUGUUCAGAGGGAUAUCCCAAUGCCACUAGUCAGCUCAGGAGUGGAGCACGGUAACCUGAGAGAACUUGCUUUGGCUCGGAUGAAGGAUCUAGGGACACAGUGCCGUGAUGUGAGGACGAGAGAGGUUGGAAUACAGGAGAUUCAUCAUAAAGUGAGACCAUAUCAGGUUGAGUUAGUUCGAAGAGACUACGUGGCAAAUGGUGGCUGGGAGACUUUUCUGUCCUAUGAAGAUCCAGAACAGGAUAUUCUGGUUGGCCUUCUGCGUUUGCGGAAGUGUUCAGGGGAGUCAUUCAGGCCUGAGUUGAAGGGAGGCGUUUCAAUCGUUAGAGAACUGCAUGUGUACGGUAGCGUGGUCCCAGUGAGCAGUCGUGACCCUUCCAAAUUUCAGCAUCAGGGAUUUGGUAUGUUGCUAAUGGAGGAAGCAGAAAGGAUAGCCAAAGAAGAGCAUGGAUCAUGGAAAAUUGCAGUCAUUUCAGGAGUCGGCACCAGGAAUUAUUACAGGAAGAUUGGUUAUGAGCUGGAAGGACCAUAUAUGAUGAAAAGGCUGGACUAAUGCCCUUAACCAGAGGCAUUGAAACCCAUCUUCAUACCAGCCCAGCUGCUGGAAACACAGCAGAGAAGAUCCCAACUAACCCUGGCAAGAAAGCUCCGGGGGGAAGAUUGCAAGUUUAAACCAGAGAUCUGCUUGUUGCUAAGUAUUUGUUCUGCUGGAGUCCCCUACCACAAAUUGAAAUCUUUCCCAGGAGGGUCUCUCCUGAAAGGGCCUCCAGGGGAUCUCAUGAGAGAACCACACAUCUCAUUAGCUGACGCGGUACUGCUGGAGUUGGUGUACUUGUGCAGUGAAACAAGCAGAGCUGCACUGCUUUGCUGAUGGAAUAGUCUCGUUUUAGGGGGCCCAGUUGAACAUCUUGCUCCCUUUCUAUCUGCAUUUCCAUUAUAAUGUCAUUAGCGUGAUGGUUAAAACUUGGUCAUGGCAGGCUUGCAGGCAGUUGAAAUUGGGCUUGCAUUAGUGUGGGCAUCUCUUUUUAAGCUAGGCUGCCUGUCUUCUGAUCCUGAGUAACAAGAGUGAAUUAUUUUGGGGUAGCUCUAUGUGGGUGGGAUGGGAGGAUUUGUGAACAGUUUGGAUAGUCUAAAAAUGUUGUGCACAAUACAGAGCCUAAAUUCAUAUGAGCAACGAGAGAUUUUUAACAACAGUCUUAUUCCCCUUCCCAGAAGAGUCCGAAUAAUUAUCCAAUGUAAGGCCAAGCUGCAAACCUCAGUGUGUAAAGGCUGCGUGUUCAGCUCAUGUAUUCACCAUCGCCCAGUCCCCUCUUUUGGGGAAUCCCGGGGUAGAGCAGGCUGCUGAAUGCUCUUGGUGACAGUGGCGUAGGCAGACUGGGAUGGGGGGAGAGAGGGAGGGCGGUUAGGGUGAGGAGGCAAGGACAGGAACAAUCAGGGCCACCUCUCCCCACUUCCAGUGCCCUGGGGGGCGAGGAGAGGUAAAAGGUGGACCCCUUCCUGUACUGUUCCCCUGCCUGGCACUCUCCUGGAGGAAGGGGUAGGGCAUUAGGGCAUGCCCAGCUCCAUCAGCAGAGAGAGGGUCAGGCCACAGGGGCUUGGUCCAAUCUGCCCACCCAGUGCUCCUGCCAGAGGGUGGGGUUGGGCUGCGGGGACUUGGCCCAAUCUGCCCGCUCGGCACUCCUGCCAGAGAGCAGGGUCAGGCCACAGGUGCUUGCCACGAUCCAGCUGGGGUGUGGGGUCAGGGGCUUACAAGCUGCCAUACUCAAAUGCCACUCCCGGGCAAGAGCAGGAGGAGCAGAACAAGUCCCCCACCAGGCUCCAUACCAAGCCCCAUGCCCUGAUCCCAGAUUCCAGUCCUGACUCCCGUGGCCUGACCCCUACCCUGCUCCCUGGCAAGAAUGUCAGACCAACUAAGCAGGGCAAGCAGUAUAGCAGGAGUAAAGCUGGGAUUGGGGGGAUGGGUCUGGAUGAUAAGUGGAUGGGCCACGGCCCACUCAGGCCCACCUGUGGCUACACCACAGCUUGGUGGUCCAAUAUUCAGGCACUCAGAAGUAUAUUUUUAGAUGCAUAAAGCUAGAUUUUAGCUGUUGGACUCAUUAAAGUCAGUGGAAGCCAUGCAGCAAAAAUGGAAUGGAUUGCAUUAGAAUGCAUCUCUGCAUGCUAGAGAGGAGCAGCUUGGACUCUUUUAUAGACUUUCAGACUGAACUGGGGUUGAAAUGAAGGGAAGCCACGUGUAUUGAGCUCAGCAUUUUACACCUGAUAAGUGAAUCUGCCCCAAGUCUUCUGGAAAUUGCCCUGUAAUAGCUGCCCAUAGACACGUGCCAUUCACUUGGAGAGAGUCUCUGCGGUUGCGUUUCAAUGCUGUUCAGUAAGCGUGACUGCCACCGCGAUCUAUUGCCGCUUCAAAACACUGGCUUCUGGGUCAGGGGUUGAAGCUGCUCUGACGUUUGCUGUCGCACACCAAACCCAGGAAGGGGAGAAAUAUGGGCAGGCUGUAGACCUGCCUCCUUUCUGGAGAGAAUCUUAACAGAAUGUGCCAAGAAUCCUGACAAACUUUUUAUUAUUAAAGUGUGAACUUCUGAAUGGUGUCCUGCGUUUUAAUAGUUCAGUGACUAAACUGCACCCAGACCAGCUUAACUCAGAGGUAGGAAAAUACUAUGCCAUUUUUACUUUCUAAUGGUAUAUACAAACAGCCUGCUUUUCCGAGAAGAAAAGGGUGUUUGGAAGGGUAUUUCUGCUGGAGGGGUUUGUUGUUUUGGUUUGGUUUUUUUUUUACAGGUCUUUCUUGCGAGACUAAAUGGAGAACUGGUAGAAAUCUGACAUCAUAAAUACAGAUGAAAUCAAACCUCGUUAGUUAAGGAAAGAUUAUUUUUAUUCAGAUAAUUUAAAAUUCUCUUUGAGGGAUAGCUUGUUUUAUCAUCACCUGCUUAGCUUACAUGAUUGAGAUACACUUGGAAUAAAAAUAAAACUCUUGCUUUACGAUUCAAUAACUCCCCCUGUUAUCCUUUAAAUAAGAGCUGAGAGGU